AUGAUCGGCAAACACGUCAAUGCGAUCGAAUCCGAUCCGGCAGCUGAAAUCGUUUUCUGCACUGACGCGUCGGAUCCUGUGUUUACGUACAUUGCCUCAAGUCGCCACGUCUCCUGGCAUAUUCGAGAGCAUUGGAGGAUGACCGGCAAACACGUCACUGCAAUCGAAUCCGAUCCGGCUGCUGGAAUCGUUUUCUGCACAGACGCGUCGGAUCCUGUGCUUACGUACAUUGCCUCAAUUCGCCACGUCUCCUGGUAUAUUCAACGGCAUUGGAGGAACGAUGUAUCCGCUACUACCUGCCCCACCUUCCAUGUACAGUUCACUUUCAGAACUUUUGCAAAGGGCUUAUUUGGGAAUCAUACAUCUCGUUAA